AUGAUCUCUGGCGCGAAGAUUCAGCCGUUGGAGUCUGAGACAAAAGCCGGCGUCCCCCUUGACACAUCCUCUCGCGGCUCAGCAGGCACAGAUCGGAGCAUCGAUCAGGCGCGCAUCGAUCCCCUUGGCGGAGCAGGGAAGUAUCAGAACCCGCUUCCACAUGCCGACAGCCAGGGCGUUGUCGGCCGUGACGAGACCAUCCAGGGCGCCAAGAUCGAGCCGCUCGAGGGCAAGAAAGACGAGGCGCAAGGGAAGGGACCGGGCCUAGACGAUGAGAAUGUUGAUGCAUCGAGGAUUGAUCCGUUGGGGGAGGUGAGGGAGGAAACGAAGCCGCAAGCGUGA